AUGUCUUUAUCAACAAUCUUUUCAGAUGAAGUCGGGGCUCUUGUUUUUGACAUUGGCUCGUAUACGGUGAGAGCAGGCUAUGCAGGCGAGGACUGUCCAAAGGUUGAUUUUCCAACAGCUAUUGGUGUGGUGCUGGAAAGGGACAAUGGCAGCACUCUGAUGGAGAUAGAUGGUGACAAAGGCAAACAAGGGGGCCCGACUUACUACAUAGACACCAAUGCCCUGAGAGUUCCGAGGGAAAACAUGGAGGCCAUUUCACCUUUAAAAAACGGAAUGAUUGAAGACUGGGAUAGCUUCCAGGCAAUUUUGGAUCACACUUACAAGAUGCAUAUUAAAUCUGAAGCAAGUUUGCAUCCUGUCCUUAUGUCCGAAGCACCAUGGAAUACUAGAGCAAAGCGUGAAAAACUGACUGAGUUGAUGUUUGAACACUACAACAUCCCUGCUUUUUUCUUGUGUAAAACCGCUGUUCUAACAGCUUUUGCUAACGGGAGAUCUACAGGUCUCAUUUUGGAUAGUGGAGCAACACACACCACUGCUAUUCCAGUGCACGAUGGAUACGUACUUCAGCAAGGUAUUGUAAAAUCACCACUUGCAGGAGACUUUAUUACUAUGCAGUGCCGGGAAUUGUUUCAGGAAAUGAACAUAGAGAUAAUUCCUCCAUAUAUGAUUGCUUCAAAGGAGGCAGUUCGUGAGGGGUCGCCAGCAAACUGGAAGAGAAAAGAGAAGUUACCCCAGGUCACUAGGUCCUGGCACAACUACAUGUGUAAUUGUGUCAUUCAGGACUUCCAAGCUUCUGUCCUCCAAGUAUCAGACUCGACUUAUGAUGAACAGGUAGCAGCGCAGAUGCCAACAGUGCAUUACGAGUUCCCCAAUGGCUAUAACUGUGACUUUGGUGCUGAGCGUCUGAAAAUUCCUGAGGGAUUGUUUGACCCUUCUAAUGUAAAGGGUUUAUCUGGUAACACGAUGUUGGGUGUGAGCCACGUUGUCACAACAAGCGUUGGAAUGUGUGAUAUAGACAUCAGGCCGGGCCUCUAUGGCAGCGUGAUUGUAGCAGGAGGAAACACCCUAAUACAGAGUUUCACAGACAGAUUGAACAGAGAACUGUCUCAGAAAACUCCACCGAGCAUGCGCCUGAAGUUGAUAGCGAACAACACAACGGUGGAGCGAAGGUUCAGCUCGUGGAUUGGUGGUUCGAUUUUGGCUUCUUUGGGUACUUUUCAACAGAUGUGGAUUUCUAAACAAGAAUAUGAAGAAGGAGGGAAACAGUGUGUAGAAAGAAAAUGUCCUUAAACCUCUUACUGUGAAAACUGCUGCCUGCUCAGUGCUCCUUCUGUUUUAUAGCUUUAGCAUACUCAGGAAUGGGAUGGACUCUUUUUGUAGAAAGUUUAUAUUGGAUUUUUUGCAUAAUUCAAGUUCCAUUUUAACAAACCGUAGAAACUUUGGGCGAUCUAAUUGGUACUGUCAUAGAAAAAGGAUGUUUACAUCCCUUGUAAAGCAAUAAUUCAUGUAACAAGCAUUUUAUAAUUUUGUAUAAAUGUCUAUUUUCGCUAGUAUUUCUUCCUGGGAACAGCUUUACAGGUUAGUUAAUAGAGGCAUAACCUUGCAAAUGCCCAUGCAGAUUUAUUAAAAAGCUCGUCUACUUUCAGGUAUUAGUCUUCCUUGCUGGUACUUUGGCCUUAAAUUGCUCUUAUUUCUCUCUUAAAAAAUAAAAUUUGGUCUUUUAUAUUUGAGCAACUUUGUGAGUACUUGCAGAGAAAGUUACUCUUUGUUUCAAAAAUGGCAAGUUUGUAUUUGUAAUCCACUAUAGGUGACUCGGUUCACCUCUAGUGAACUGUCUGGUGAGAGUUUUACAUUCCACUUAGUGAAUGUUAUAUUAAGCACUGGUUUGCUAAUUUGCUGUUAUGGGGCAGUUUCAGUAAACAAUUGGUGCUUUGCCACCUGAUUUCUAAGAAUGUAUGUAAUGCCUUUGUGAUGUAGGUGAGAAGCAAAACCUUGUUGAGCCAGGGAAGUUAAGGCAAAGAACUGUCUCUCCCGGAAGAGAACAGCCACAGAAGACCUCAGGCUGUGGCUUGGCGUUU